AUGCUCGCCCUGGAGGCUGCACAGCUCGAGGGGCCACACUUCAGCUGUCUGCAGUACCCAGAGGGUGUCUUCUAUGACCUGGACAGUUGCAAAGCCUUCAGCUACCCAGACUCAGAUGGGGCCCCUGACUCUGUGUGGGGCUGGACUGAGGCCCCACCUGUCCUGGGCACCCCCUACGAAGCCUUCGACCCCACUUCUGCCGCCUUUGGCCACCCCCAGACCAUGCAUCUCUGCUAUGAACCUGUGCCGUCAGUCUACAGCCCCACAGGGACCCUCGAGCCAGCCCCCAGCUUGGAGGCCCCAGGGCCCGGCCUCCCAGUGUACUCCUCAGAGGACUUCACCAGCCAGACUUUGGCUCCCCUGGCCCAUGCUCCGUAUCCCAGCCCUGUGUUGUCGGAGGAGGAGGACAUCGUGCUGGACAGCCCUGCCCUGGAGGUUUCUGACAGCGAGUCGGACGAGGCCUUUGUAGCUGGCCCUGAGGGGAGGGGCUCUGAGGCAGGUGCCCGCAAGAAGCUGCGCCUGUACCAGUUCCUGCUGGGGCUGCUGACGCGCGGGGACAUGCGCGAGUGCGUGUGGUGGGUGGAGCCGGGCGCCGGCGUCUUCCAGUUCUCCUCGAAGCACAAGGAGCUGCUGGCUCGCCGCUGGGGCCAGCAGAAGGGCAACCGCAAGCGCAUGACGUACCAGAAGCUGGCGCGCGCACUGCGCAACUACGCCAAAACCGGCGAGAUCCGCAAGGUCAAGCGCAAGCUCACCUACCAGUUCGACAGCGCGCUGCUGCCGGCAGCUCGCCGCGCCUGAGCCCCGACUUGGGGACCUCACUGCCGGGUCCCUCACACCCUAGACCAGAGGAUCCACACGGAGCCCCACACUUGGGGGUAGAGGGCUGCCAGGUGGCUAAGCGCUGCCCAGGGUCCCCCCUCCUAGUGUGUCUCCGGGAUUCCAUGCCAUGAAUGGGGCCCCAGCAUGGUCAUGUUUUGGUGUCUCUGCUGUG